AGAGGGGUUGGAACCAGAGACCUGGAGUAACUUUAUACGGAGGCCAGGAGGAAAGCAGACACCCUGCUACUGCCACUGGGGAGGGAUCGGAUUGCAUGGCUUUGCAGGCAACCUGCAGCAGUACAGGAGGUUUCAGUGCAGAGAAUGGAGACGGGAGGAUCGAAACGGAGUACUAGGGGAUUUUGGGGAGUGUCUGCAGAGGAACAUUAGGCAGAGUAAACCGGCGCCCCAUCAUCCCGCAACAGGCUUCCCUCCCCGAUAGCUGUCGGCGGAUUCAAGCAAGGAGGGAGCUUGGUGAAAGAGGGCUUUGUAAGAAAUUAGAGAACAAAUCUCUUUGUUACCCAGGGUUGGCUCCUGCUAUUUGGAUUUGGGCCGGCUUAUUGAAAUCUGGGCAAGCUUGUAAUCCAAGAUGUGUUCAAUUAAACAGUCUGCGAGGGGCUAUGUAACCAAACUGCUGCCAGGCUCCGGGAAAUUAAACAUGUGAACAAAAAAACCUGUAAGGACCAGAGGAGAAGGGAAAGAAAAGAGAAACUGGACCCUCCUGUCCGAUUUUUAUCAAGGCUUCCGCAGCGGCCCUCCGAUGUUUGAUUUGCAGCCAUGUAAUAUCCAGGGCGCUUGGAGUUAGGGGUCGGAGCAGUGGAGGGGACUGAGAGAGAGAGAGAGGGAGAGGGAGCUGUUGGGAUCAAGGUGACGUCAGUGGAUUGAGGUGUCCUGCUCAUUUUAAUCCUGAGCUGAUUAGUAGAACAAAAAAAAUCAAGCGUGAAUGUGCACUGUGUGGAAGUGAGAGAGGGUGUCGAAGGGCAGGAGCGACGGAGAAAGAACAGUAAAGAAGAGGAAAGAAGAACAACAGGAAAAAUAAACAGGCAGAAAGUGGAGACAGAUACGAGAAGAGGAAGAGAAAAAGGAAUGUCAUUAAAAGGGAUCUGAGGAGGAAGAUAAGAAGAUAUCUAGAGGGGCAGACUCUUCUUCGCUAUUUGAACAAAAACUGGUAAAAAAUAAUCUGGGAGGAAAACGAAAGUUUCUGCUCCACUUCCUUUGCUGCUUGAUAGUUGUUCUAACUCCUCUUCCCUCAAAUCCUCCCCCGAUUCCCUUUUCCCCCUUUGAACCCAUCACCCAUCACCCCUGCCCCAAGACUUGAGACUCAAGACAGGCCAAAAUGCCGACCAACGGGAUUCACCAGGCCUUGAAGAUCCAGUUCGGCCUGAUCAACCAUGAGAGCCGCUACCUGACAGCGGAAGCAUUCGGCUUCAAGGUGAACGCCUCGGCUCCCAGCAUGAAGAAGAAGCAGAUUUGGACGUUGGAGCAGGACGAGAAGAACAGCGGCGUGGUGUACCUGCGCAGCCACCUGGGCCGCUACCUCUCUGCGGACAAGGACGGCAAGGUGAUCUGCGGGGCUGAGCAGCCUGACGCCGACUGCCACUUCCUGAUCGUGGCACAGUCCGACGGCCGUUGGGCUCUGCAGUCCAAGCCCCACGCCCGCUACUUCGGGGGCUCCGCAGACCGCCUCUCCUGCUUCUCCCAGGCCAUAGCCGAGACGGAGCUCUGGGCCGUCCACCUGGCACUGCACCCCCAGGCCAACCUGCUGAGCCUCAGCCGCAAGCGCUACGCCCACCUCUCCACCCAGGAGAACGAGAUCUCAGCCGACAGCAACAUCCCCUGGGGAGUACACUCCCUCCUCACCCUCAUCUACCUGGAUGGGAAGUACUGCCUCAAGACCUGCGACAGUCGCUUCCUCCGCAAUGACGGCAAGCUGGUGAUGGAGCCUGUCCGCAACACCGGCUACACCCUGGAGUUCAAGUCCGGCAAGCUGGCGUUCAAGGACUGUGACGGCAAGUACCUGACCCCCAUGGGCCCCACCGGCACCCUACGGUCUGGACGCAGCUCCAAGCCCGGCAAGGACGAGCUGUUUGACCUGGAGGAGAGCCACCCACAGGUCGUCUUCCAAGCAGCCAGCGGGAGAUUCGUCUCCAACAGGCAAGGUGUCAGUAUCUCGGCCAAUCAGGAUGAAGAGACAGACCAGGAGACGUUCCAGAUGGAGAUUGACCGGGACAGCAAGAAGUGCAUGUUCCGAACCAACGCUGGCAACUACUGGACGCUGGUCUCGCAUGGGGGCAUCGAGUCCACUGCCACCAAAGUAGCUGUCAACACCAUGUUUGACAUUGAGUGGCGUGGGCGCAGGGUGGCACUGCGAGCGGGAAAUGGCAAGUACGUCUGCACCAAGAAGAACGGGCAGCUGUCGGCGGGCAGCGACUCUGCAGGUGAGGAUGAGGAGUUCCUGUUGAAGCUGAUCAACAGGCCCAUUCUGAUCCUGCGCGGGGAGAAUGGCUUCGUCUGCCACCACAAGAACUCCAACACGCUGGACGGCAACCGCUCCGUCUACGACAUCUUCCAGCUCAUCUUCGCUGACGGAGCCUACCAGAUCAAAGGCUCCGCAGGGAAGUUCUGGUACGUCUCCAGCAGCGGACUGGUCUGCUCCGACGGGGAGAUGCCCGAGGACUUUUUCUUUGAGUUCCUGGAGCACGGGCGGGUGGGCAUCAAGGGCAAGAACGGCAAGUAUCUCCGGGGCGACCAAGGGGGCACGCUGAAGGCCGACGCAGACAAGGUGGACAGCGCUACGCUCUGGGAGUACUGACCCUGUCGGACACUCAGGGGAGCACGCGAUCAAACCAACACAAACAAACAAACACCUGAAAGGUGCCUGGUGUGUUCAAACUUGUAUUUAGGAAACUGGACUCAAGGAGAGUUAUUUACUUAACUGUGUAGUUUUGCAAUUGCUUCCAAGUGGGGGUGGAUUUUGGCAGGUCUCGCUGUUUCUGUGGUCACAUUCACAUACGUAAGUAUUUGCCAUUUUUUGAAACAGCUGUGUGUUAUGGGCCGGGUACGGCUGGAAGUUAGAUUGAAUAGCGUCAGGGUGUUGACAAGGUUCAAUAUUGUAUGUUUGGAUUACCUCUUUUAGUCAGUGUUGUCAUUUUCUAUUCAGAAGAGAAGCCGUAAAGAAAACUAGAAUAAAAGCCAAUGAAAUGCAAUGAACUACAAGCAUCUAUAUGAAGUGCAGAUAUACAUAAUGUAUGUGCAGUGCAACCUACUGGCUACAUUACAACCCAGUACUAUCUGUCACGAAACCGGGGCUGUUCCUCACCAAAAAUACUGCAAUAUUUGUACAUCCAUUAAUACUACUGUCAUUUAUAGAAAAGUGCUGUGCAUUGUAGUACCAAGCCUUAUUAGCAGACUGCAGACAUCAUUUUCUCUCUUGUAGACCAACCCUUACAUGAGUCUGGUGCCAGUUGCAUCUCGUUCUAAUAGCAGACAGGGUAUUAAUACAGAAGAAAUUCUAUCAGAAAUGGCAACACAAUCGAUAACUGUCACUGCAGUCUAUCUGCUGGUGUCAUGAAACAUAUUUACCAUAUCCUAGUUUAUAUCACAGAAACGCAGAGGGCACUGAAGCCCAUGCCUGUUAUUGCAUUAACAUCUUAAUGCAAUGACGAAUAGGCAUAUGGCUGUCAUAGCUAAUAAUAAUAAUAAUCAUUCAUCGUUUUGUUUCCCUGUAAGUGCAGCAACAGCAGUAAUAAAGAAUAUGGCCAGCAUUCACACUUUAGGAGGGGAGUAACAAGCAGUUUUCCCUCACGGAUGGCAGCCUUUAAUAAUGUUCGAAGUUUAUUUUUAUCCGCAGCAGCAUUGACUGGCUUGCAAUGACAAGUUUGAGUCUGACCUGUUUAAUCAGCGUUUAUGUUUGUGACAUAAAAGGACAGCAGUUAAACAGAGUCAGGAAGGUUAGCGAACAUUCUGUUUGUUCCCAGUCCACUCUAGAACUUUCUGUGGAUCUUUUAGAACCCUCCCAUCCGGAACUUCUAGUCCUUUAUUUCAAAUCGUUUUUUUUUUUGUUUUUUUUUUAUUUAACCAGGAUAGAACCCUUGAUAGAUACAUCUCAACACAUUUAGCUGACUGCAGACUCAUUCCCUGAUGUUUAUGAUAUGUACUGGUGUCAGUCCUCUGUAUAAGACUUAUUAACAGGGGUUUCUGGAUAAGGUUUUUUUUUAUAAUAAUGGUUUGUAUUAUAGACAUAAUUUGAUCUCUAAAACUUUUUUUUUUUUUUUCAAUAAUGAGAGAAUGGUCUUAACAGUGGGGCACAGGCUUAUCCAGUGUUGAGGGUUACUGUGUUUAGCCAGUGCAGCAUGCAUGUUGCUUAUGUUGGCUUGAUAUGAGGAGACUGUCCCUGAUCCACCUGGUGGUCAAUGCAGCCACGUGGUGGCUUAAAUAUGACAUCACUGCCGACUAAGGGAUUUUCAAAUGUUACUUUUACAUUCUCCAAUUUUUUGGCCAGCCAGUCUAUAAUCUUCCACCUCGUACCCACCUCCAAUACCCUGUCUGCUGCUGUGAGCAAUACCCAAUCCUGACUGAUCAAUCACCCGCCCAGGGGAGGGGCAGAGUAAAGUAUGAAGUUACAAACAGUGUUGCAAAUGAGCCAGAUUCCUAAUGGGCUCAAAACAAUUGUAGAAAGUAGCUUCUUAAUGGAUCUAGUCAUUGUCAACAAGCCUAUCAAGUAGCACUUAUCAAUCCACAGUGUAAUGUGAUGAGGAGCAGAUCACGGGAGAACAAAUACUGUGUAGUUUCAUUGUUAGAAUGGGUACUUUUCAUGCCAUUAAAGAAUUAAGUUUUUAGGGGUGUUUUGGGUUUUUUUUUCCUGAAAUGAUUUUAAGAUUAUGAUAAUACAGACAGUUUUCUCCUUUGUCUUUUUAUCUUUAUUUAUGUAUUGACUGCUUGGCAGAAAUAUGUAUCGAAUAUUUCUUAACAUGUGUAUUUGAAAUUCAGUCGAUGGGUAAUUGCAGAUCAAUGAAAUACUUUUGUUGCAAAAUAAAGCGUUACCGUGGCGUUGA